AUGCCCACGGUUCACCUGCUGGACUAUGUCGCCGGCAACAUCAGGAGUCUGGUCAACGCCAUUGAGAAGCUUGGUUACCAGGUAGACUGGAUCAGAUCGCCCGAAGAUGUCCCCAAGGCCGAGAAACUCAUCCUCCCCGGCGUCGGCCACUUUGGCCACUGCCUGUCGCAGCUCGCCCACGCAAACUACCUCGCCGCCAUCAACAAGCACAUCGAGGCCGGCAAGCCCUUCAUGGGCAUCUGCGUAGGCUUGCAGGCCCUGUUUGAGGGCUCGCUCGAGGACCCGGGCGUCGCCGGCCUCGGCAUCAUCAAGGGCUCCCUCGGCCGCUUCGACGACACGGCCAAGUCGGUCCCCCACAUUGGCUGGAACAGCGCAAACACGGCCGGCCACCCCAUGUACGACCUCCGGCCUGACUCAAAGUACUACUACGUCCACACCUACAAGUUCCCCUACCUCAAGGGCGAGCUCGAGGCUCAGGGCUGGACCGUCGCCACCGGCACCUACGGCUCCGAGACGUUCGUCGGCGCCGUCGCCAGGGGAAACGUCUACGCCACCCAGUUCCACCCCGAAAAGUCGGGCGUCGCCGGCCUCCGCACCAUUCGCGCCUUUCUCACCGGCGAGGGUGCCGCCUCCCUGACCAGGCCGCUCAUGGACGGCGCAUCAUCAUCGGCCUCCUCCUCCGCCGACACCGCCGCCACUAGCUUCGCCGACGGCCUGACGCGCCGCGUCAUUGCCUGCCUCGACGUGCGCGCAAACGACCAGGGCGACCUCGUCGUCACAAAGGGCGACCAGUACGACGUGCGCGAAAAGUCCGACGACCGCUCCGUCCGCAACCUCGGCAAGCCCGUCGAGCUCGCCCGGCGCUACUACGAGGACGGCGCCGACGAGGUCACCUUUCUCAACAUCACAUCGUUCCGCGACUGCCCCGUCGCCGACCUGCCCAUGCUCGAGGUGCUGCGCCAGACGUCGCGCACCGUCUUCGUGCCUCUGACGAUUGGCGGCGGCAUCCGCGACACGGUCGACACCGACGGCUCCAAGGUCUCGGCCCUCGAGAUCGCCACCAUGUACUUCAAGUCGGGCGCCGACAAGGUCUCGAUUGGCUCCGACGCCGUCAUCGCCGCGGAGGAGUACUACUCGCUCGGCCGCAAGCUGUUCGGCAACACGGCCAUUGAGCAAAUCUCGCGCGCCUACGGCAACCAGGCAGUCGUCGUCAGCGUCGACCCCAAGCGUGUCUACGUGCCCAAGCUCGACGCGACCCGCCACAACGUCGUCGCCACCCGCUUCCCCGGCCCCAAGGGCGAGCCCUACUGCUGGUACGCCUGCACCAUCAAGGGCGGCCGCGAGACGCGCGACAUGGACGUCGUCGAGCUCGCCCAGGCAGUCGAGGCCAUGGGCGCCGGCGAGCUGCUCCUCAACUGCAUCGACAAGGACGGCUCCAACUCGGGCUUCGACCUCGAGCUCAUCGCGCAGGUCAAGGCCGCCGUCAAGAUCCCCGUCAUCGCCUCGAGCGGCGCCGGCAUUCCCGCCCAUUUUGAGGACGUCUUCCAGCAAACCACCACCGACGCCGCCCUCGGCGCCGGCAUGUUCCACAGGGGCGAGUACACCGUCAAGCAGGUCAAGGACUACCUGAAAGAAAAGGGGCUGUUGGUGCGGCCAUUCGAAGGCGGUCUGGGCGCUACUCAAGACAGCUGA